GAGGAAGACUGAGUGAUGGCUUCCAACUCCAACGAUGUGAAAGAGUUCUUAGCCAAAGCCAAAGAAGAUUUUCUUAAAAAAUGGGAAAAUCCCGCUCAGAACACAGCCCAUUUGGAUCAGUUUGAGAGAAUCAAGACCCUUGGGACGGGCUCCUUUGGGCGGGUGAUGCUGGUGAAGCACAAGGAGACCGGGAAUCACUAUGCCAUGAAAAUCCUCGACAAACAGAAGGUGGUGAAGCUGAAACAGAUCGAACACACCCUGAAUGAGAAGCGCAUCUUGCAAGCAGUCACCUUCCCGUUCCUGGUCAAACUCGAGUUCUCCUUCAAGGACAAUUCGAACUUGUACAUGGUCAUGGAGUACGUGCCUGGCGGGGAGAUGUUCUCCCACCUACGGCGGAUCGGGAGGUUCAGCUCCCACAGAACAAGACCAAUCGUCCUGACGUUCGAGUACUUACACUCUCUGGACCUCAUCUACCGGGACCUGAAGCCGGAGAACCUCCUCAUUGACCAGCAGGGCUACAUUCAGGUGACAGACUUCGGUUUUGCCAAACGCGUGAAGGGCCGCACCUGGACCUUGUGUGGGACCCCCGAGUACCUGGCCCCCGAGAUUAUCCUGAGCAAAGGUUACAAUAAGGCUGUGGACUGGUGGGCCCUCGGGGUUCUCAUCUAUGAGAUGGCCGCUGGCUACCCGCCCUUCUUCGCUGACCAGCCCAUCCAGAUCUACGAGAAAAUCGUCUCUGGGAAGGUACGGUUCCCGUCCCACUUCAGCUCUGACUUGAAGGACCUGCUUCGGAACCUUCUGCAGGUGGAUCUCACCAAGCGCUUCGGGAACCUCAAGAAUGGGGUCAAUGACAUCAAGAACCACAAGUGGUUUGCCACGACUGACUGGAUCGCCAUCUACCAGAGAAAGGUGGAAGCUCCCUUCAUACCAAAGUUUAAAGGCCCUGGGGACACGAGUAACUUUGACGACUAUGAGGAGGAAGAGAUCCGGGUUUCCAUCAAUGAGAAGUGUGGCAAGGAGUUUGCUGAGUUUUAGGGGUGUGCCUGUGCCCCCAUGGGUUUUCUUGUCUUUCUUUUCUUUUUUUUUUUUUUCUUUUGUGGGGGGUGGGAGGGUUGGAUUGAACAGCCAGAGGGCCCCAGAGUUCCUUGCAUCUACUUUCACCCCCCACCCCACCCACCAGGGAAGGGGGAACAGGAAGCCCAGAUAUUUGGAGGAAUGGAAACACCAGCUGCUCCCCCACUCCCUUUGCCUUCUUGCCCCUCCCCCACAGGUCCAACUCCACCCCAGCGCACUCUGCCAGUUUUAAAUGAGUUUCUCAGCUCCGGGCAGACCAGGUCUUACUGGUGUGUCCAGGCACCGGGUGAGGAAAGAGGGGUCCAAACUUAACUCCAGUCCCCCAGCCCCACCCUGCCUCUGGCACUGGGCACCAAGGGCAAAUGAAUGAAGAGCUGGCCUUCUCUGUGGGGCCCUCCUGCCUGGGAAGGACAGUUUUUUGUGACAUGUCAUUGGGCUGCUUGCUAGAAUUUUUCUAAAAUACGAUUUAAAAUCUUAUUUAAGUUCCACCAGUGCCUCCCUUCCUCCUUCCUCUGUCCCCACUCUUCUCAUGUCCCCCUCCCACUCCCCAAAACCAUUUUAAGGAGGCUGGGAAGCAGACUGACUGAACAGGAAGGACCAGGGGUUUGAACCUCUGCCCUGAGCUGCUAACAUCCCCACCCCCUUCCCCAGGGGGGCGGGGAGGGGGGCUUCUGCCAACCUUCCUUACUGGGGUCCCAGCCUCUGUAGCAAGCCUCGCCCUCUUCCCCAACAACACAUCUUUCUUCACCCUGGAGCUUUGGGAGCCAGAGGAAGCAGCUGCCCCUCUCCCUGCCAAAGAGGAGUCGUCCCCCAAAAAGAUAGAGGGGGAACCCCAAGCCCAGGGUCUCUCCUUCCAGCAGCAGCCCCCACCCCAAGCUCCUUAAUUUUACUCUCAGCUAGAUUUUAAUGCCCAGCCUCCUUCCAGCCCAGCUGGGAAGGCAACCCUACAAAAGGACCUGGAAAAGUCCCCCACCACACAGAGUUCAAGGCCAGGGUUGCUGGGGAGAGGCUGCCUGUCUUAUCCACCCAGCAGCUUCAGCGCCCCCCAUCCUGGGUGCCCCUCCUCUAGCUUAGCUGUCAGCUGUCCAUCACUUCUCCCCGCCCUCUGUCUGAUUUGUGCUUUUCUCUCUCAAUAGAAAGAUGGGGAGCCACCCCGUUUAUCUCCGUAUUUGUCCCUCUCAAAACUUCUCCCUGAACCCAGAGGAGCUCUCAGGCCUGGGGUGGGGCCCCAGGUGGGCGUGGGGGCCAUUCAACCUGUGUGCUGCGAAGGACGAGACUUCCUCUUGAACAGUGUGCUGUUGUAAACAUAUUUGAAAACUAUUACCAAUAAAGUUUUGUUUAAAAAAAAAAA